AUCGAAAUUAACCGAAGUGUUCAACGUGGUGCAAGAAGUAAAUCUGCUGGACUCUCGAGACGAGGAGAACCUCCGGCUACUGAAAAGGCCCGAGCUGGGAGUAACCUUCACGAAAUUGCAUUGUUGGCGUCUCACGCAGUUCGACAAAUGUGUAUUUUUGGAUGCAGACACGCUGGUGCUAGAGAAUUGCGAUGAACUAUUCGACAGAGAAGAAUUGUCAGCCGCUCCAGAUGUAGGUUGGCCAGAUUGUUUCAACUCUGGCGUGUUUGUUUUCCGUCCUUCAAAUGAAACCUACAAAAAAAUCAUUAGAUUUGCCAUGGAAAAGGGCAGCUUUGAUGAUAUUCCCAACGGAUCCUCUGACUUGUCAGGCGAGUAUUUAGCCUUAUAUCCAUGCAGGAGACCUCAUGGAUGUGGGCAACCUUCUUUCCCAUAUCCAUGGGAAGGAGCCAACAGUCACGAACCAGAGAAAAACUGCUCUUUGAGAGACUCUUCUGAGUCGCAAUGA